AUGGGGUCAGAUAACCCCAGGCUGCCUGAACAAAAGGCAGCUCCAGAUCCCAACUUAACGCCUACGAGGGGCCGGUCAGAGCUAAAUGAUAGUCAAAUAAGUCAAGAGGAAGAGGAGUAUGAUGAGGAGAGAAACAGCCAGUCCGAAUCCGAGGAUGAAGGCGAAGAUGAGGAGCCGCGACUUAAAUAUGCUCCCCUGACGAAGAGCAUAGCGCCGCUGUACCGCAAAGGGGACGCUACAAGCAGCUUUCUAGUCGCAGGAGAUAACAUGGUCGUUGGUACUCAUAACGGGAAUAUUCACAUCUUUGAUGCUUUGACGCUCGAGCGAAUUCGAAUUUAUCGUGCUCACUCCGCCAGCGUUACUUCAGUAUCAAUAUCCCCGUUUCCGCCGCCACCUUCCAGGCCAAUCGUCAAGAGCACAUCGCCUGCGGAUUCGUCGAGCCGUCUAUCCGUAGAUCUUUCCAAAUCUCCUGAGGGCGCACGACAGACGACAAUACAAAAUACUGCUUCGAACGCGAUAUACAUCGCCACAUCUUCUAUAGAUGGUAACGUCUGUAUUUCGUCGUUGGUUGAUCCAAAAGAUGUGUUGCUCCGAAACUUCGGGCGCCCCGUUCAAGCCGUCGCUUUAUCUCCGGAAUAUAAGAGUGACAAAUCCUACAUUUCCGGGGGGCUUGCUGGGAAUCUCAUCCUAACAGUUGGAGGGCGAGCAGGAACAAGCACAGAUUCGACAAUAAUGACUGGUGUCACUUCUACCAGCCCGACCGGGUGGUUAGGAGUGUUAAAUUUCGGUGGCGGUAAUGGAAAGGAUACCAUUCUGCAUUCCGGCGAGGGUUCUAUCAGCACAAUAAAAUGGUCAUUAUCCGGCAAAUAUGUCGUCUGGGCUAACGAAGAGGGAAUUAAGAUUAUGCGAUCUAAUCUACACUUAGAUCAUUCUCAGUCAGAGUUUGCUUGGAAGAGGAUGAGCCACGUGGAUCGACCCCGUAGUCCGGAGUGGGAUGAAAUGGUCAGCGUGUGGAAGGCCAGGGCUGAAUGGGUGGAUGAAGACAAUGACGCUGCCGGUUCUCAAGAGUCCGAGACUAUGCCGCAGACUCGGCGGGUUAGACUGUACGAGAAAGAAAAACUUAUCGUUGGCUGGGGAGGCACUGUCUGGAUUAUCAAUGUUUUCCCAGUCCGACGUGGCAAAGAUGCUCGCGAAAAGGCCAUCGGCUCUGCUGAAGUCGUCACAAUAUUGCGCACGGAUUGUAUUAUAUCUGGAGUUUCUCUUUAUACCCCAAAUGUUCUUCUUGUUCUUUCGUACCUAAUACCAGAAGACAACAAUAAAGGCGAAUCGAAACGGAAACAGGCCGGGCCGGCCCGUGGAGUGAGGCACCGACAAAACGGCCUGGAGCCUGAGUUAAGACUAAUCAAUGUGGAGACGAAAGAGGAGCUUAGUGCUGAUACUCUUGCCGUGCGCCGUUACGAAAGCCUUUCGGCAUCUGACUAUCACCUCGGUGUGCUGUCACCUUCCAAGUUUCCUCACGCUCCCGUUCGUCGAGGGGCAUUUGAGACGAUAGGCACAGGGAUUUUGGAUGCAACUUUGUACCCAACUCGUCUUUUCAGUUCUGCCAACAGCAUUCGCAGCACAGACAGUGGUGACAAGAAGUCUGGUCUAAAACCUGCAAGUUUAAUAGGUGUUCCCGGCACCAUGCUUGGAGAACCUGACCUUGAUAGCAAAGAGCUUGCGGUUUUGGCGAGUGACGGGAUCAAAAUAUUCAUUCAUAGUCCAUAUGAUUGUGUGGCUGCUACUAAACGGGAUGUUAAGGACCGACUCUCCUGGCUUAAAGAGCACAAGAAGUACGAAGAAGCGUGGGAACUUCUCGCGAAACAUCCCGAAGCGGCAUCCCUUGCAUUCUAUGAAGGUGACAGCGCUUUGACUACUCCCAAACAACCCGAACGGAAUCUCACUGAGCUGUUUGUGGACGGAAAUUUGCCGGAACAAAAUGAUACUGCAAAAAACCCUCAGGUGCAGAGAGAGAGGCAACAGAUCGGCGAGUCCUGGUUAGAACAACUUGUCAAUGAUCAAAACUGGGAGAAAGCGGGUGAUGUGUGCGGUAAAGUUCUUGACUCGACUUUGAAAUGGGAGCAUUGGAUAUGGAUAUUUGCCAAAAGCGACAGGUUUGACGAGAUCGUUUCUCACGUUCCUAUUGAUAUCUACCCCCCGCUGCCUUCCCUCAUCUAUGAAGUUAUUCUUGGUCACUACGUCUCCCGAGACCGUAGCAGAUUCAAGGAACUCCUAGACCUCUGGUUGACCAAUCUCUUUGAUGUCGACAGCGUUGUCGCUGCUAUCAACGAUCAGCUGAAAAUCACGUCUUCAGAAGAUCAAGAAAACGAUUGGCGCCUUUUAACAGAGUGUCUAGCGAAGCUGCUUUUAGCGGGGGGUCGUUAUCGUGAAGCAUUGCGAUGCUAUGUUCGACUUCAUGAUGCUGAAACUGCUAUGACUUUGAUUCGAGACCACCAUCUUCUCGAUGCUGUUGCAGAUGAUAUUCCCGGGCUCAUUCUGAUUCGAGUGCCUAAAGAAAAAAUGAAAUCUUCAAGUCUACCAGAGCUUGAGGAAGCAACGUCAGAGCCUAUAAAACUUCUCGUCCGCGAAGCUGUCAACGGAAUUGUACGCCCUGAUACUGUUAUUUCACAACUGCAAGCUUCUGGUCUUCAUCUUUUCCUGUAUUUUUAUGUCAGAGCCCUUUGGAAAGGUGACUCUUUAUCACCAACUGAUAAGCCUGCGGCUCCAAUGCGUGGCCACCAUCGAACUGGUGCUGCAGAGAAGCUUGCUGCUGAUGAAGGGAGACUGUUGAUCGACGCGUUUGCGGAUACCGCCGUAGAACUAUUUGCGGAUUAUGACCGACCUCUGCUCAUGGAAUUUCUCAAGUCCAACACAUCUUAUUCCUACAAUGCGGCAUGCUCCAUCUGUGAAAGUCGUCAUUUUACCCCUGAGCUCAUUUAUCUUUUCUCAAAAACUGGCCAAACAAAACGGGCACUUCAUCUGAUACUCUCAGACCUGAAAGACAUCUCUCACGCCAUCUCAUUUGCAAAAUCACAAGAUGACCCUGACCUCUGGGAUGAUUUACUUUCUUAUUCGAUGGAUAAGCCUGAAUAUAUCCGCCGUUUGCUUGUUGAGGCCGGCACCGCGAUCGACCCAAUAAAACUUGUAAGGCGAAUUCCAAGUGGCUUGGAGAUACAAGGCUUGAGGGAAGGAUUGACGAGAAUGAUUCGCGAGCACGAUAUUCAAGCUAGUAUCAGCCACGGCGUUGCAAAAGUGCUCGUUGGCGAGGUCUCUAUUCGGAUGGAUAUGCUGCGCAAAGGACAACGGCGGGGUAUCAGGUUCGAUAUUCUUCAUGAAAGCGAUCAUGUUAGAAAGAUGCCUCAGCCUACUCAGCGGCAGGAAGGUGACGAGACUCGAGGUGAUAUUGAACCACUUGAAAGAAAACGGGACUGCCCGCCUGGCUGUUGCGCUGGCUGUCAAGAAAUGUUUGUUGAACAAGAAAAGGAGCCUCUGGUAGGCUUCGCGUGCGGGCACGUCUAUCACAUAUCCCAUAUACAUCCGAACACAUCACGACCUCCAUCACGCGAAGAGGAUGUUUCAACGUUGAAGCACUCAAAUCCGACCUCAUAUGAAGACUCAUCGCCGCUGUUCUCGCGUACUGUUGGUGUCAAAGUCACGAACGCUAGACUUUUACGCGAGAAAAUCGGCGAUGGAUGUCAGAUAUGUGCGUUGAAAAGAGUAACCGACGAUCAAUGA